ACUCCUCCCAUAACAAGACACGGAGUUCAACGUCUUGAAUUGUUCGAGGGAACAUGUCAACAAGACACGAAACCAACAGUCCUGGAGCUGGCUCAUAAGGGUAAUGAACAAGAGGAAAAUGCUACACUGAGAGAAGAAAAAUGGAUGCAUGACUCCAUUUUGCACAAAUUUAGCAAGUUAUUCACUUUUGUUCUCUGUCUGCCAAAUGUAUUCUGUAGACUGUAUAAAAUUUUAGCCUUCAGUUUUAUCUUCUUUUCAACUGUGAAUUCAAAAACUAAGACUCAUAAUGUACCAAGUAGUCCCAGGAGGCACAGGAGGUACAAUUACUGAUGGCAUGCCCAUCAAGAAGAUAGACAAGGACAGUCGCCCUCUGGUGGGGGCUGGAGUUAUUGGUGCGAUUCUGGUGAUUGCAGCAGUGACUGCAUGGUGCUACUAUAUCGCCUCCCUUCGUAAAGCUGACCUGCUGAAGACAGAAUUGCUUGAUCUGAAUAAGGAUGGCUUUCUCAUCCGUAACCAGGCUGGGGGGAUUGUCCUGAAAAUGGGUUUCAGAUCUGGCACACUUGAUCUCGACUCCUGCUCAAAGGAGGGAGUGAUCCUUCGAUGCUCGCGUUCGUUUGCUGGCAAGGUGAACUUCUUCAUUAUGACGGUGAAACCAAAGGAGACGGUGGUGUGUUACCGUGUGCGUUGGGAAGAGUUGGAGUCAGACCGACCUGUGGAACAUGCCAUGUCCUACAAUGAAUCGCACUGGUAUGGUGGUGCUGAGACUGCUGUUCAGCAUUGGCCUAUCGCCAUCUCAGGCCAGCAGGCACCCAAACCUUUUGUCACUAGCGACGUGUACUCCAAUCGCCAUGACUUCGGUGGCAUCCUGGAGCGCUACUGGCUUUCGUCCAAUGCAACUGCCAUUAAGAUCAAUGACUCUGUGCCCUUCCACCUGGGCUGGAAUGAUACAGAGAAAACCAUGUACUUCCAGGCACGAUAUCAGGACAGUCCGUACAAACCUGCACCUGGAAGACCUCCCUAUGCUGAACUUAGUUACAGAGUCUGCGUUGGCCCAGAUGUGACCUCUAUCCACAAGGUCAUGGUUCGUCGAUACUUCCCCAAACCCAACAAAGUGCCAGCCAAGGAAAUGUUCCGGCACCCAAUAUGGUCCACCUGGGCUUUACAUAAGACUGACAUCAACCAGGAAAAGCUUUUAACUUAUGCAGAGAAUAUACGCAAACAUGGUUUUAACUGUAGCCACUUAGAAUUUGAUGAUCGUUAUACUAGUCAAUAUGGGGAGUUUGAAUUUGACACACAGAAGUUCCCAAAUGCUUCUGCCAUGUUUCAAAAGCUCAAGGCAGAUGGCUUCCUGGUAUCCCUGUGGACGCAUCCCUUUGUGAAUUAUGAUUCUGCUAAUUUUGGGCCAUGUGUACAGAAAGGCCUGUUCGUGAUGGAGCCAACAGGCCAACUUCCUGCAUUGGUUAAGUGGUGGAAUGGCAUCGGUGGAAUCCUUGAUUUUACCAAUCCAGAAGCUCGCAACUGGUUCACGUCCCAUCUUCGCUCUUUACGCCACAAAUAUGGCGUUUCUUCAUUCAAGUUGGAUGCAGGUGAGACCAACUACUUGCCCUGGCAGUUCAGAACUCGAGUCCACCUCCCCGACCCAAGCACCUUCACUCGCCGCUACACCGAAAUGGCCAUUCCUUUCAACGAACGCGCUGAACUUCGGUCCGGCUACAGCUCUCAGAAUAUCUCCUGUUUUUUCCGUCUAAUUGACCGGGACUCUGUGUGGGGCUAUGAACUUGGCCUCAAGUCCCUGAUCCCAACCGUCCUCACCAUUAGCAUCCUGGGCUACCAGUUCAUCUUGCCAGACAUGAUUGGAGGCAAUGCCUAUCCCAAUCGUACUGAUGGAAACGGCAAGCUACCAGACCGUGAGCUCUAUAUUCGGUGGCUGGAGCUGUCUGCUUUCAUGCCCUCCAUGCAGUUCUCCAUUCCUCCAUGGGAGUACGAUGAUGAAGUGGUGGCUAUCGCUCAACGGUUCACUGAACUACAUGAGACACUGGUGGCUCCCAGGGUCAUAGAACUGGCUGGAGAAGUUCUGGACACUGGGGACCCCAUAAUUCGCCCAUUAUGGUGGAUCGCCACCAGUGAUGAAACGGCUUAUAGAGUUGACUCACAGUUUUUGAUAGGAGAUGACUUGAUGGUGGCACCAGUACUGGAGCCGGGCAAGCAAGAAAGGGAUAUCUAUUUACCAGCUGGACGCUGGAAAAGUUACAAAGGAGAACGAUUUGACAACAAAGAGCCAAUACACCUAACAGAUUAUCCAGUUGAUCUUGAUGAAAUUGCUUACUUUGAAUGGGUUCAGUAAGACUUAUGGCAAGCAUCUGGAGUUUUGAGCAUGUCUUCCAUUUAAAGUGUUUGUGAAGGUGUUGAUUUUUUUUUUCUUCAGGGAAAUUAGCUAAAGUUACUCAUCCAGGGUUUAAAUUUUACAAUAUAAAACAGGACUGUUUAAGAAGUAAGCUUCCGGUAGCACAUUCUGACAUUCUUCAUCAGUUUGGCUGUGAUGUUUUGUGCCAUUACGACAGUUAAACAUACAUUAGAUAUCUGAAGCUAAUGUCUUAAUCCGUGCCUUGCAUUUAAACAGUGAAUGUCUUUGAGAUACCGGCCCAAAGCCUUGACAUAAUUAAGCUUUUACAUAUGCAUCUUGCCAAACAUACUGACUUUAAGGAUGCUAAGGAUGUAUUAAUAGGCUGUGACAGGUAAUUUUGCCCAAUGUAUGCUUUGUGUUCUCUAAUCUGCAUUUUUAACAAGGGAAAUUUUACCAGUACUGUACAUAAGUCUUCCUCUUGCAAGGCAUACGAUAUUAAUUACUUUUCAAAUGUUCUUCUCAUAGCAAAUCAACUUGUUCAAUUUUGCUAGUGCAUUUAAAACAGUAUGGCUUUUUAACCUGCAAGCAAUGGCAAUGCUGCACUACAGUAAAGUUAGGCCAUGCAUGCAGCACAUUUGUGCAUAAUCUGCCCUACUCUUGUCUCGUAAGCACCAAUAAUUGAUAUAAUCACAUUAGAAGUUUGUAUGUGUAAUGGGUGCUUGUGGCUGCAUUGGAAAUAACCAGCAGUCUUUUUUUACUCUACUUGCUAUACUGUCAUCAUGUAGUGCCAAAUGCAUCACCAACAGACCUUGUUGAAGCAUUACCCCAUUACUGCCACAUUUACAGAAACAUUUCCUGCCACAUAAAAUACAGUUGUUUGUCUUUUCAUAUUAAAUCGAUGUGUGUUGCUCAUCUUGUUUUGAA